UGUGCAAGACUGUUUUGUUACUCUGCCACCUCUACAAUCCUUAAUUUGAUUUCAAUUUUUUAAUGGCAAAAGAUGGCAUGUUUUUAGUAUUUUGUCAACUCCCUUAGAGAUAUGCUCUCUCUCUCUUUCUGCACUCUUUGACGCAAUGCAAUGGCCUUGAUAGCCUCCAUAUUUAAACAUAAGCAACACCUUAUUCAUAUAAACAAUACCCCCCUCUCUCUCUCUCAGUGUGUGUGUGUGUGUGUGUGUGAAGAUGGAAAAGGAAGAACAGAAGUUGGAGGAGCAAGAAGCUGAGGAAACCAAUCCACUGGUGAGAAAUUCAAAAAAAAUCCCUGCAGAGAGUGAUUGGGUUCUUGACAAUGAAACAGAAGCCAUUAAUGGGGACAAGAAUUUUGAGGAAAAUCUUGUUUUCCAUCACAAUGCUUCAGGAAUAUGGAAGUGUCGAAUCUGCCCUUGGACGUAUGGCAAUGGAAGUGUCUGUGUUGAUCGGUUUCAGAAUCAUAGAGGACUGUUGCAUAACAUGACCAAUAUCAAAACUUUUAAUUUUGUAUAUGAAGGUUUAGGCGUUAAUCAUAUCGUGGAAGGUCCUGCGCUUACAACACAGGAUGCCUCAUCUCUUGAUCCGGUGAUUCAGUUCAAUGGUGCUUCUGUCAUAACCAAUCAACACAAGGAAGCGGUCAAGGAGAAUGGCGUUUCUAGUUCAGAUGUCAGGCAUUCAGACAGUUCAUCUCAAGAAGAUUUGGUUGCAAAACAUGUAAAACAAGUCUCGUCUCUUGAUCCCGCUGUUGAGUUCAAUGGUGCAUCCAUUAUUAGGGAUCAAUACGAGGAAGGUGAGGAGACUGAGGCGAAUGGCAUUAAUGGAACGAGUCAUGAGCCUUCCAAAGAGAUCGAGAGUGCAGAAACCGAGGAUGAUCUGGAAAUAACAGAGUUAGAUGUCGAAAGAGUCAUACGGAACCAAACCACACAUGAUCUGCAUUGUCCCAACUGCCACUCUUGCAUCACAAAGAAAGUUAUUCUCACCAAACGGAAGCGCAGAGUAAGGAUUUCCGAUGAGGAGGUGAAGCGUCCCAAAACAGGAACAGAAGCCACAGGGACUGUUUCGUCCGAGGACCAAGUUCAUCAAGAAGGGGAAGUUGGUGACCAAGAUGCCCAAACAGCACCUAUCGAUGAAGAUGACCGUGACAGAGGGGCGACUGUAUUUCGUUGCUUAUCAUGCUUCAGCAUUUUCAUUCCAACUGGUGAUGGAAUCAGAUUAUUCCGAUCAUAUGGUGGGAAAUGUGGGAAAGAAAAUGCACGGGGCGGUCAAGCACCAGAUGUAAAGAAGAGCUGGUUCGACAUGUUUAACCCGAAUAGGCAGAAAACACCAGUUGAGGAAGGAAGUAGUUCUGAGACGAAUGUGCAACAAGUUAGCUCAGGAAUUCUGUCGUCUGGCCCUGCUCGUGAAAGUGGCCGACCAUUAGUUUUAGAAGAUACUGCACACGAAGGCCGGGAUCUAACUCUUCCCGGCCUAGACCAUCUAAAACUCCCUUUGUUAGUAGAUAGUGAGAGGUCGGAUGAUAUGUUAGACGCGGAUCAGCAAAAGGCAUCAAAACCUAGCCGGGAAGUUCAAACCAGUCGAGACAAGGACAUCGUCCAGCUCCCACAACCAUCAGUUUCAAUGGCUGAAGACGCAGAUGGCACAUUGAAUAUCUCAGUAUCUGUUCCUCACGACGAGCAAGACGUUAAAGCCACAAUUGUGACUACAUCUGUUCUAGACAAGCCACUCAGAACUGGAAACACUUCAGAAAUAGGAGAUGCACCAGCUGCACAAGGUGAAGGCAAUGAUACCAGGAUAACAAUAGAUGCACAUCCACCUGCGACUGUAAUAUCUCCUCCGACAGCAUCCCAGUUGGGAACUCAAACUAGUACUGCUGAUCGAAAAGGGCGUGGAGCGAGAGAAGAACACAAAGUUGAAGUGAUUAAAAGCAUCAUCUACGGUGGGCUGGCAGAGACCAUGACUAGCCUUAGCGUCGUAUCAUCAGCCGCUGGUGGAGGCGCAGCCACAUUGAAUGUGUUGACUCUGGGAGCUGCAAAUUUGAUUGGAGGUCUUUUUAUCAUUGCUCACAAUCUCUGGGAUUUAAGAUGCGACCGCCUCGAGGAGCAGCUCUCCAACCAAAUAACCGAGCAGGCGGAUCGUUACAGGCAGCUCCUAGGCCAGAGACAGAAUUUCAUGCUUCAUGCUGUUGUCGCCAUAAUAUCAUACAUCUUGUUCGGAUUGGUGCCUCCGGUCGUGUACGGCUUCUCGUUCCACGAGUCGGACGACAAACAGUUGAAGCUUUUGAUGGUGGCAGUGGCUUCCCUUGUUUGCAUACUUGUGCUAACUGUUGGAAAGGCCUAUGUGCAGAGGCCUCCAAAGCCUUACUUGAAAACAGUCACGACCUUCUUGAUUCUUGGGAUAUCAGUCUCGGGCAUGUCGUACGCCGCUGGCAGAUUAGUCGAGCGCCUGCUGGAGAAGCUCGGUCUGUUCACGCCAAGCUCGGCAGCUCCUAACUUCCUUGUGCCGGAAAUGAGACCAGUUGGUUCAGGAUGGGCCUCUGACUGAGUGCUCUCUCUGUCUCUCUAUAGUCACAUGUUUUUGUUGGAGCUGGAAUAAGUUUUUGCUAGUUAUGGAACCCCUUUAUCUAGACCUCGUAAUUUUAUUUUAUUUAUCUUGUACUUGAUCUUAUUUUACAUAGGAAUUUCCAUAACUCUAGCCAA